AGCUCAUGGAGGGACUAUAAAGUCCAGACAUCUGGUUCCUGUCUCUACUUCUUCAACUUCUUGGACAGAGAGCAACUUUUUGACUGGGUUACAGAUCAUGGCACGUCUGAUCCACCUGUCAUUGAUGUUGGGUAUGUGUAGAUAUUUUCUGGUUAUGACUUUGUUUUGUGGAGCAGAGUUCAGUCCAGAUCCUGGAGGAUCACUAUCCUUCAGGAGUGAGAUGUUUCUCUUCUCCAGCAGCACAGGUUUUAAAGAAUACAUAGAAAGCACUUUGGGGUGCUAAUCAAGAUAAUUAACAAUAUAACGCAAAUAGUAAUUUUGUAAAUACGUGUAGUUCAUAUGAACCAGCCUAAUCAGUUCAUUCUGAUAUGAGUGAUACUGAAAUUGUUUUACAGAAAACAUUUUAAAACAAAAUCUGUAUUCAGACUAUAAUACUAUAUGUACUAUAGAAAAGUUCGCCCAGUUAGGAUUUAUUAUUAUUUAUGUCAUGUGGUUUUUACAUUUCAAUAUUUAGACGUAUAUUUUUACAUUCUAGCCUAAUUAUUUAAAUUUUAAAAUUAACUUUUUAUAUUUAGAACUUGGCUCUAAAUUUAUAUUUUUUUUCCAUUUAGAUUUUGUUCUGAAUGUUUAAAAUUUAUUUGCAUUUUCAGAUUUGAUCCUAAAUAUUUACACUGCCUUUUUGUGGAUGUGUGAUUAACAGGAUUAUGCAGGAUUUGAGGAAAUAUUGGAAACAUGAGUCAACCAUAAAUGCAGGAUAGCUGUCCACAGGGGCAAGGAUUGGUUACCCAUUUACCGGCUGAUGUUGAGGAAAUCAAAAAGUGUGAAGAAAGAAAUAUUUACAGAAAUUUAACAUCUUAAUAAAUCUUUUUUUAGCAGCCAUCCAGUUACCAGAAGCCACUGCCCAGUUCAGUGCAGCAAUAAAUGGCACAAAUGUCACUUAUGGGAACUGCGUUGAGAUGUGGACCUAUACCUGCACCGAUAACAGUGUCUGGCAACUUAAGUGUGACAUGAUCAAGUUGCAGAUGACUCUGACCUUAGAUUGUAUAUCAGGACCCAGUACCAGAGACCUCUGGAUGAGCAUAACCAGUUUGUUUGGAACACCAUGGGGUAUGUUAGGCCUCCUGAGUGUCCUAAAAAUUAAAAUAGACCCAACAACAUUGUCAUGAAAACUCUCAUAACUCAACUUUCUGUGAAUUAUAUUUUUUUCCAAGUAAAACAUCUGUGUAGCUCUUGCAACAUAAACAAUCCAUCCUCGGUUUGUAAAGGUUUUUCUUCCAGUGUGAUGAUCCCAGUAAGCUCAAUACCUGAUGUGAUUAAUAUAAGAUAUGGAAACGAAUGCGGGCUGACACAAAUAGGUACAUCUCUGAUGUUCAAAGGUGAACCCAAAAGCUGGAUUGAAGCCUUGAAGGCAUGCCACAUGUUGACCUCCUCACUGGUUGAGCUCACCAACCAGACCGUGCAGGAUAAGGUGAGGAGCCUUCUGCAAGAUAAGUCGAGUUUGGAGAAUGGCGUCUGGGUUGGUCUGGAGCGGUCCAUCUUUGGAACAGAUCCUGACUGGAUGUGGGCAUCAGGGUCCAGAUCUGUCAACCUAAAGUGGAACAACAGCUUUCCCGUUGAUCGCUGGAACAACCACUGUGGGAAGAUCAUCUGGGGUCAGGGGUCAGGACUAAUCCAACUGUUGGAUGCCAACUGUCAUGACGAACUACCCUACAUUUGUCAACGUCCCGUGUGAAGGUUUGCAGCUCUGGUUGAUCAUCUUUUUUUUUUAAGAGAAUAAUUUGUAAUGAAUGUUGAUGUUUUAGAUUGUACAUCUUUUUAUUUCUAAUAAUUUCUUUCCUUGCGUAACCUACCAUGAUACCACCAUAUAUGCAUGUUAUUAUUAUUAUUAUUAUUAUUAUAUUAUCAUUUAUAUUUUGAAGUGAUUUAUCUCAUUGUUUUGUCUUAUUUUAAUGAUAAAUGACCCACACUUGCAGCACCUUUCAAAGUCAAAGGACUCCAAAGUGCUUUACACUACAGUGUCAUUACUCCAUUCAUACACACAUUCACACACUGGGGAUGAUGAGCUACAAUGUAGAAACAGCUGCCCCGAGGCACACUGACAGAGAUGAGGCUUCCGAGCACGGGCACCACCAGUUCCUCCGACCACCAGCAGCAGGCAAAGGGGUUUAAGUGUCUUGCCCAAGGACACAACAGCAAAAUUCUCUGUCGGGACCAGGUGAUUAUUGGACAACUCGCUCAACCUCCUGAGCUGCUGAUACCUGAGUAGAUAGUUUAAAUCCACCAGACCUCACAAACACUAAGAUAUUUGACAUGUUAUUUUAUGUUGAUGUUUGGCAUUUUUUGGAAACAGUUUCGUUAUUUCAUCAUGAUGCAGUGAAUAAAAUUAAUGUUUAAAUUGUCUUUGUGAUCAAAAACAAUUUUGGUAGAGGGAAGAUUUUUGUUUAAAGGAUACAAAACUGUUUUUCUGCACAUUCCUGCAGAUCCUCAUUCUCUUUUAUUUCUGUUCUCCACCUUUUAAAGGGUUUCAAUCUAAUUGUACAUGCCUAAUGAUUAACUGGCUAGUCAUGUGAAAACCCAAUAA